AUGACCGCAGUGGAUGUGGUCGUCUUGUCAUCCUCUCCGGAUUCUCCCAGAUCACCAACACGAGCUAGACAAAAUCUAAGAACGGCGUGUCAUGUCUUGCCACGAGAUGCAACGCCACCGCCGGUACCUUCGCCGUCCGAGUUGUUACAACCGCAGACGCGUUCUCGAUUCUUUCCCACCCCUACUGCCAGCAACCAGUGCUCGGUAGACGCGCCGAAACCAAAAACACGUUCGACCAAGAAAGCACCGACUGUAAAGGCCGAUAAUCAAAGCGCACCUGGCAAGACUGGACGAAAGACGAAGAAAGUAGCAGAUGAGCCUGCACCAGUUGUGCCUGGCAGUCCACCGCUAGACCCAGUGGGACAAAUGGAUACCGCGCCGAAAUCUGCCAGAGGCAGGCCCCGAAAAACUGCAAGGAGCAAGGAACAAAGCAACAUGAAAUUGGCCGGGAAGGUUACGAAGACGAGCACCGAGCAGCAAGCGAAGAAACCAACCAAGGCUAGCAAGGAGACCACUUCCGCAGAACAACCCUUUUUGACUGAUCAGAAAGAAAUGCCGGCACCUACAAAUGCUCUGGGUAAGGAUGAGCAAUUGCACCUGGAUGAGGCAAUGAGAAGAAGGAUGGAUUGGACACCACCAAAGGAGUCUGCCUGCGAGAGCGUCACAUUGACCGAUAAUUCCGGCAAGCAAAAGAAAGACUGUGAAUCAAACACCAUGGGUGAAUUUGGCAAGCUGCUAUCUGAUUAUAGUUUCUCUGGAUCAGCCCCAACUCUCCCAGAUCUUCCCCAAAAUGCAAACAACGGACCGACAAAACGUCGACGUAUAGAGCUGGAACACCCACAAAUCCAACAACUAGCCAAUGGCAAGCCUUACAGUCUGAGUGAUUACGAAUCUACAGACGACGCGGUUUGGGGGAAAUCAAAGAAAGCAACCAAGGCCAAUCCUAAGAAAUUUACAACACUCACGGCUCGAAUGACAGCGCAAUAUGCACAAAAUGACACACAAGAGGAAGAAGAACUGGCCAUGGAUUGCAUUCCAGACAUUAGAGCCACAAAAAGCAGGCGAGGGAAAGCCAGACAAACGGACAAAGAUUCUUCUUUCACAAUUCUUUCUCCAGAAGCUGCUGUUGAGUUCAUGAACGAUCAAGACCUUGUAUUCGGUACCUGCAGUCAGCUGGAAAGGGAGGACUCUCCACAGACCCUGCGGGAAAUGCAACAAGCUAUCCGUGUUUCUGAGAGUCUUUCAUAUCGAGAGGGGACAUGCGAUUCUGUCCAUGCUCAUAAGACUAAGGCAGCUGAAGAACGUCCUAUGCGAUCUGUGUCAAGGAUAACAGGGACCAAAAACCUAUGGAACGUUGGAUCUAGAGACAUAAAGGGGUCUUUAGUCCAGUCCAAAGAGUUGAAUGUGGUUGACCUGACUGAUCGACCUGAACUUCCUGCAAAAAGCAAUGAGAAACUGGUCAAACCAACCCCCACACCUCUUGACAAGAAUUGGUUUGAGUUUGACUUUGCGGACAUUGAUUCGCCACCAGAAAAGAAGCCACCAAAAAGGAGCUCGAGCUCAAACGUUCAAUCUCAGCCCACCGCUAUUGCAAAGUCAAUUAAGGAAACCGAGAUUCCAGUGGAACCGGUACCCUCUCAGCCAGCUGAUCCACAGGCUCCUCAAAUGCCACAAUACGCGGGCUUUCCAGAUGCUGAGUUGUCCAAGCAAAUUGCUACAUUUGGUUUCAAGUCGGUUAGGGGCCGCAAGAAGAUGAUCGAUCUUCUUCAACAAUGCUGGGAGUCGAAGCAUGGCGGCGCUGCCACUGGUAGCCAGCCUGCUGCCCAAGUAGAGCAAUCAAAAACAUUAGCCCUAAUACAAAGCAACGGCCCGAAACUUAUCUCCGAUUCGAAAUCCAAGGCAAAGGCAAAGCCCAAAUCCACCACGAAAGAACCUUCAUUGGUGACCGCUAAGUCAGCUUCUGCUUCACGCAUCAAUUCCCAGAAAGGUCCACCAAAAGGCCCAAAGAGCAAAUCUACCACUGAACCCUCUUCGUCAUUCAUUGAUCUAGAAGAAAUCCAAGACUCGGAAGAGGAAAUCACACCGUCUCCGAGUCAAGUGCAAAAGCACUACGCCAGUAUCUAUUCAUACAGAAUAGGCCAAAGUCACGAGCACACUCUGGACAUACUCACCAAACCCCCACCUACAAGCCCUAUAAAACGCAAGGGACCCUCCAAGGUUUCUGUCACCAGGACCCGCACAGCCGAUCCCACUUCGCGAGUCAACCCGGUAGAUGUAUCUGCUCAGAUCACCAAAGCUGUUCGAGCUCAGCCCCGACUUUCACCGUUGUCAUCAGCUCUUGGUAGCCGCAGUCGGCCAACAUGGCAUGAGAAGAUUCUCAUGUACGAUCCUAUCAUCUUGGAAGAUUUUACAGCAUGGCUUAACGUCGAGGGGCUUGGGCUUGUUGGUGAAGAUCGAGAGGUUGGGACUGCAUCUGUGAGGGAGUGGUGUGAAAGUAAGGGGGUAUGUUGCUGCUGGAAAAAGAAUGCAAGCUGGUAG